GUGUAUGUUCCCGCCCUGGCAGUGAUUGGGUUACAGUCAGUAGGGGGCGUUACCAGCAGCGCUCCACCUCCCGCCCCCGGUGUGUGUGAGUGUGCGCUCGGGGUCCGUUGCAGGUAGUCAUGAUGUCUGUGUGCUCGGAGCCAGGCUUCUCCAGUGAGGAGGUUCUGAGCCUCCGCUUUCCCUUGCACCGAGCCUGUCGGGAUGGGGACCUGCACUGCCUCACCUCUCUGUUGCAAGGCCCGCCUGGGAACACGGCGCAGCAGCUCGGCAAGGAGGACUCCUGCUACGGCUGGACCCCUAUACACUGGGCCGCGCACUUCGGGAAGUUGGAGUGCCUUAUUCAACUUGUCGGAGCCGGCUGUUCGGUUAAUGCCAGCACCACACGGUUUGCCCAAACUCCUGCACACAUCGCCGCAUUUGGAGGCCAUCCCCAUUGCCUUUUGUGGCUGAUUCAAGCUGGCGCUCUUAUAAAUAAACAGGAUUAUGUAGGGGAAACCCCUGUACACAAAGCAGCAAGGGCUGGUAGUAUGGACUGCCUAAAGGCCCUGGUGGCAAAUGGAGCACAAAUCAACUUUAGGAAUGCCAGUGGCUUGACUGCAGCUGACCUUGCACACUCCCAGGGUUUUCAAGAGUGUGCUCAGUUCCUCCUAAACCUCCAGAACAGUCAACUCAACGGUUUCUAUUUUAGUAGCUCCUUAAAUGGGGUGCACCAGAGUGUGUCGUCCAACCAUUUCAAUGGGGGAGCCAAUCGCAAAAGGUCUUUCCAUGCUGUGGAGGCUUCAUCUGUUAAGAAACCUAGAACUGAAGUAAAUGGCGUGGAAUAUUCACUUGUGACAGGGCACAUGGAGGAUGAUGUUGAGAGCAUGCAUGUAGAAAAUCACCCGGUGGAGAUAUCAGAUAUGAACGGUAGCUCACCCUUCAGUACUUUAACAAAUGGACAAGCAACAAAUGGAGCCGUGGCACAGCUCGGCACUAUGGAAACAAGCCCAGCCAAGUGCCGCGCAUCUCCCAAGGCGUUCAACGGGAUAGGGGAAAAUGCAGAUGACCACGGAAAUCUCACCGAAAACAAAUCUUCAAUGUGCGGGUCAUUGCAUGUUAAUGGCAGUCCCACUAGCUGGGUAUCUCAUAGGCCUUCAUGGUCUGAUGGUGUUGGGGAAAGUUUACAGUACGGACAUUACCAUGGAUUUGGGGAUACAGCGGAGAGCUUGCCGGAGAUCAGUAGCGUGAUUGAGCAUUCCACAUCUGUGAGCGCUGAGCUCACGUACAACAGCGCUUUCAUUAGCACACUCCACCAGUAUCAGGGCUUCUAAGAUAGACAGAUGUGCUCAUAAGUAGGGAACAGUUGCUAAAGUAACAAAAAAAUAAAUUUUAUGUUGCAAUUAUAUUUCAAAAGCUGCAUUUUUUUAUUAUUUGCGCUGGAUGGUUGGCAAUAUUUCACUUUCUUCUAGUUCAAAAUGGCAGUUUUGUAACAUUUUUUAUCUAUAUAUAUAUAGGGGUCUUAUUGAAAGGAACGUUUUUUGUAAAUUGAAUAUUUUUUUUAUAUAUAAUUGACCCUGGAUGAAAUCAAUCCAGUAAUUUUGGGAGGAAAAGGGUAUACUUUCAAGAGUAGGAUUUGGACCUUCAAAAUACUGACACAAGUGAAAGUUGUAUUUUGCUUCAAAAAUAUCGGCAUUUGUAUUUCUUAAAUUUUGUCUUAUGCAAAGUGCUUUUGUUUUGUUGUUUUUAGACAGUCCCCAGAUGUUUUUAUAUUGCUUUCAGUUAUCACCUCUUUGUCCAUUCAGUAUUUCAUAGCAA